CUGCACGCCGGGCUGGGAGCGGACUGAGAGCGGACCGAGAGCCAGCUGACUGCCAGCGGCGGCCGGGACUCCUCUAGGCUUCUCGCUGCAGCCGGACCCCAGGGUCGCCGAGCUCCCUCACUCCCUCCCUCUCUCCCGGCUGGCUGUGUGAUGGAAGCGGACAGGAUGGAUGAGAAUGAAUGGAGAUAUCACGGAGAGGGGAACAAAAGCCUGGUGGUGUGUCACACGCAGCGCUGUGUGGUCCUGAGGUUCCUGAAGUUUCUACCAAACAGGAGUAAGACUGCGGAGGAAGUCUACCAACACUUACAAAAUAUUUUGGACUUUGGCAAACAUGUCAUGAAGCAGUUUCUUGGAGAAAACUAUGUUCAUCAUGGGGAGGUGGUGAAGUUGCCAUUGGAUUUUCUGAAACCUCUCUGUUUAAGGGUUCAGUCAGAAAGACCAGAGUCUCGGUGCGAGAAAGAAAUGGAUGUUAGUGGUUAUGCUAUGUGCCUCCCGAACCUUACCCGCCUGCAGACCUUUCCAUUUAUAGAACAUAGGCCCAUCUUUUGCAUAGAAAUUAAGCCUAAAUGUGGGUUUAUACCAACAUCUCCACAUAUCACAAAGGAGAUCAAGAAGAAAGUGUGUCGGUUCUGCAUGCACCAGCACCUGAAGGUUGCGAAGGGAAAAUGGAAGCGGAUCAGUAAAUAUUGUCCACUGGAUCUAUUCUCAGGAAAUAAAAGGAGGAUGCACUUUGCCUUAAUGAGUCUCUUGCAGGAGUCGCAAAACAACCUUAAAGUAUUUAAGAACGGUGAAUUAAUAUAUGGCUGUAGGGACGACCAGGAUCAUCAGUCAGAUCUAAACGAGCUUGCUCACCACCUGAAGCCAUUUUUCUUUCCCACCAACGGAUUGGUCAAUGGACCUCAAAGCACAAUGAACAUCUUGAAAGAGCUCAUCCAAGUCCUAACAAACACAUUGCUAACCACCAGUGCGGAUUCAGGCAGAUCAGAAAGCUUCAAGUCUGUUCCCAUACCUCAAAGCAGAAAUUACUGUGAGUCUGGCCAUGUUUGCACAGAGCCUCUGAGAAUCAAUAAACACAAAAUAGAAACUGCGGGUUUGCCAAAAGGAUCUAUUCUAUACAAAACCCUCCAAGCUCAGAUGCUGGACAUGCUGGAUAUUGAAGGACUGUACCCUCUGUAUAAGAGAGUGGAGAAAUAUUUAGUAGAAUGCCCAGAAGAAAGAAGCACACUGCUCCUAGAUGGACCUUAUGAUGAGACAUUUUUUGAAAAAUUAAAAGAUCUUUCUACCGAUGACAAUGGCAGUGUGGAGUAUGCUGUGACAAAGAUUCAGCAAUAUAGAGUAGCAAUGACUGCCAAAGACUGCUCCAUCAUGAUCGCACUCUCCCCUACCAUGCAGGAGGAUCGCUAUGAUCAGAGAUCUAUUAUUAAGACUGCAAGGUCAAGCUUCAAGUAUUCAGUUUCCAUCCUAGACCUGGACCUCAAGCCGUAUGAAAGUAUUCCACAUCAGUACAAACGGGACAGUAAAAUAGUAAGCCACUACCUCAAUCAUGAAGAAGCCGCCCCGUCGCCUAUCUUCAAGGAAACAGAGGACUGCACUCUGCUCUUGCAUAAAGUAACCCAUUAACAGGAACCAACAUAUUUACUUGAGCUGUGAAUGCUUCUCCACAUUCCCUGUAGAUUGUGGGGAGCUUGCAGUGCACACAGGUCCCUAUCUGCUCUCUUGAUGGUCUGCACAUCUCACACUAGGUACACUGAGAUGUAUGAUGCUGCAGUCACUAAAACCGUUCAGAGGCUGUUAUAUCUUACGGGAUAGUGCAAAGUCCGCCUUGCCAGGCUGUUGCACGAAGGUUAGCUACAAUAUUUAAAAAAAACAACAACUUUAUUUUGAAAAGCUAGGAGACUAUGUUUUUAUAUGAAGCUGGACAAGCAGUGUAAUGAAAUAAACCUGCCCCUUUGCAACUCUAUGCUGCUUUUAUCUUGCGUGCCUGAUGAGGUUUAGGUAUACCUCUCACAGAGCCUUAUAUAACGGAUUGUGCAGUUUUUGACUAAGGUGUUUUUUUUUUUUUUUAACAAGUCACGUUUAAUGGCAUAUCUGCAACUUUUCGCUCUAUUUGCAGUCUGGUUUAUUGUCAGUUUUCUGUUUUUUGUUUUAGAAAAAGAAGGGUGGAUGUCUACUAUAAAGGCAUCUGUUACAGAGUUGGUUUUUGCAUUAGUUAAUCACUAAUUUAUUGCAAUAUAACUGUGGGGCUGGUUGGUGAAACAAGACCAGCUUACUUUAAAGUAAUUACAUAUUACUGUAAAGAGUGCACACAAAAAGCCAAACACGGACAGGAGAACCCUUGCACACACUUUUGGUAAAAAAAAAACAAAAAAAAAACAGUGCUUUAUGUGGCCCUUUAGAGAAAAUAAAUGUUUUAAGAGCCGUUUUAUUGGUUAUUGUUUAAAUAGAAUAGUGUGCAUUUCUGGUACUGGCACAUCCCUGUAAUCUACGGACAUCUACAAGAGAUUAUUCGUUAGAAUUAGUAGAAGGCAUUGUUGUAAAAUAUCCUUCCUACAGGAGUUUGUCUGAAGCAAUAGCUUUGUACUACUUUAUUUGUAAUUUUGCCCUGGAUUUUCCUACAGUUUACUUCUUCAUACAAAUAUUGGAAUAGAUGUUUAUUUUUAGCACCACAGGUCCCCUUUUGAGGAUGUGUUAAAAAUGUAAAAGGAAGUUAAAGUCCUUUAAAAUAUUUUACUAUUCACUGCAACAUGUUUUACUGUCUAAUUGAGCUUAUGUUUCUUUAAACUGCAUGCUGUUACUGAAUUGUGACAUAAAUGGUGCUAAUGUGCUGUAAGCAGAGACCGCAUAAACGGACACUAAGGUCAACAAAAUAACUUUAUCUAUUCACCCAAAACGCUUCAUUAAGCUAAUGUCUCUGAAGUCUCACUGCUCAAUUCAUUGCCAUUUAGGAUUAAAUCAUUUUUGUUUAUGUUUAUGCAGCCCUGUUCAUACUUCCCCUGGCUGUAACUGACCCAGCGUGCGUAAAAAAAAAAAAAAAAUCACUUUCAAUUAGAUAGUAGCUUACUUUAAAUGUUUUAAUCUCAUAGAGGAGGCUCCUGCAGGGUCUAGCACGUUAACAGAACAGAAGGUAUACAAUUCCAAAUUAAACAGAAUUUGUAAAUAAGGUAGUAUAAACAUUGGAUGACUCUUAAGUGUUUAUGAAGACUGUGUAAGUCACAUACAGGGAAGUGUGACUAGGGCUGCAUAAACCAAGCGAUUUAACUCCUAAAUGGCAGAGAAUUGAGCAGUAAGACUGCAAGGGCAUGAUCUGUAAACCAAAACGGCUUCAUUAAGAUAAAGUUGUUUUGGUGACUAUAGUGUCCCUUUAAAUUUCCAUUUUGUACAAACUAGCCAUGAUCAUUAAUUGUAUGGUCGCUGCUAUUGGCAGUGUAGAAAAAGGAAUUUGAAAAUGUCUAUAUGAAGUAUAUAUUCUUAUCCUGUACAGAUCGCGUUGAUGGAUGGCACACAAUGUUUAGUUUAGUUUAGUUUUUUUACAAUCUUUUUCUCCACUUUCUCACUGUGUUCUCUGAUUCUACUCAUAAGAUGAUAGAUUCCAUGUCUGCAAAUUUAGGACAUUUUGGUGAUGCCUAUUUGCAUCUAUAGAUCAUGCUGCAGUUCUGCAAUAUUGUUAGAGAAUUUUUUUUUAUUACCCUGUGAAUACAAAAUCCUCAGAUUGUCUUGCACAGUAUUUUGAGUACUAUGUAUAUGUUGGUGAAGUUUCUCUAGUGAUCGAUAAGACAAUAUUUGAACUCCCCACUUGGCGUGUUUAAAGAGGUACUACAAAAUGUUAAGUUCUAAAAUUUCCAUUACUGUAAUAUAUGGGAUUUUUAAAUGUUAUUUUACAAUAAUCGUAUAGAACUCCACAAAGCUAUACAAUACAAACUACCAAGUUAUCUUGCAGGUGUUUUGUGGAUUUUAUUUGUGCAAUUUACAGUUGCAGUCCAAACUGAUGGUAUAAAAUGAAUAAUACUGUCACCAGAUAACCAUAGGGAGUGGGUUAAAGGGAAACUAUAGACUAGGAACACAAAUUUAUAUUCCUAGCCUAUAAUGCCACCCCUUGCUCACUCACCCGCCCCUGCAGUGAACAAAGGGUUUAAAAACCCCCAAAAAAACACCUCUGGUCUCUUACCCAAAUUUUUAGGUCCCGUUUAAUGACUCCAUUCUAUCAGCCAGUAAGGGGAACGCAUGAGUGCUUGGAGGGCACUGAGACUAGUCACGGCAUGCAGUACUCUGUAUAGUACAUGCUUACUCCAUGCAGGCAUUAUAGACAUUCUAGGAACAUUUUAAGGAAACUGAGGUUUAUGUAUAGAAAACUGUAACAUUCACUUUCAAUUUGUGUCCGUUACAGCGGCGUUCAUACCGCAGUUACAGCGGCGUUCAUACCGCAGUCACAGCUGCGACCGGGCCCAUAACUCCAGGGGGCCCGGCCGCCCUGCUACCGGGUACCUGCCUCCAUCUUUUGCGGCCGCUAUCCAAGGGGUCCAUUGGGUGGCCCAUGCUGUCAAGGCCACUCGAUGCAUAUGGAUUGUCUGGGGGUCCGGUCAGCGCUGGGUGCUCUAACAGCGCGACCGGGCCCCCUGUGAUGAGAUCAAAGGGUUGGGGAAGGGGAUAGGAGUUUCAGGUCCAAACAUCUGUCACAAGAAUGGAAUGCAGCAUUGGCUGAAACAUGCACGUUCUCUGUAAGAUCUAACGUAGACAAACAGCUGGCACUAGUGUGUAUAUAAGUAGAUCCACUAGGUAAGUGGUUCUAAACUCGGUGCUAAAGGCACGUCAGCAUCCCUAUAGGAACAGAAUUGGGAAAUUACUAAAUGAAGGGAUGUUUUGAAGACUGAGUUGUAAACUACUGGACUUACCAGAAAGGUGUGAUACCCUGUUCUGCAACAGAACAAGAUAUGAUGGCGCUUUAAAUCAAAUGUAGAUUGUUAUUCCAAAGUCUGUAUAGUACUUCUAGUGCAUGUUCUUGCCUGUAUUGGCAUUGAGUGAAUUUGUUUUUAAACGUCUGUAAAGAUCUGUCAGCCUGUUUGCUUGUUUUACUUUCUGUAUCCCCCCAACACAGGAACAUUUUUUUUUUCUUCUUCUAGUACCCUUGAGCCAACAUUCAGCAACAGAAAUUUGUAUAGAAUUUAUAUUCCACUCACUUUCUGUAAAUUCAUAUUUAAUGGUUGUAUUUAUAUAUAUAUAUGUAAUUUAUUGUGAGAUUGAACAUGUGCCAUGCAUAUUGUACAUAGAGCAUGAGUUUAUAAAUGGGAAAUGACAAUAUUUAUAUUCAAUAAAAGAUUACAACUUAAA